AUGCUACCGGAAAGUGAAUUCCGGUGGGAGACAGAGAAAACUGAUAGAAAUCAGACCGAAAGGAAGAAAGAAAGAAGAGACACCACAAGAAAGAAGAAAGCAGGAAAGAGGCCGGCGUCGCUUAGCAAGAAAGAAAGAAGGCCUCGUAAGAAAGAAAGAAAGAAAGAGACCGGUGCGACAAGAAAGAAAGAGCAAGCAUCGAUAGAGACUGACGUCGGAGACGAACCGGCGAAAGACCGCUACCUACCUGAAAGUGAAUUCCGGUGGGAGACAGAGAAGACUGAUAGAAAUCAGACCGAAAGAAAGAAAGAAAGAAGAGACGCCACAAGAAAGAAGAAAGCAGGAAAGAGGCCGGCGUCGCUUAGCAAGAAAGAAAGAAGGCCUAGUAAGAAAGAAAGAAAGAAAGAAAGAGACCGGUGCGACAAGAAAGAAAGAAAGAGCAAGCAUCGGUAA